AGCGGUGCUGAACGGAGCUUCAGUUCCUGAAACACCGAUGUUGACUUGUUUACUUUGGGCCUAGGGCUUCGUGCGGGCGAUCGGUUACCCUCUUUGGACCGUAUUAUAUAUCUGACCACAGAAACGUAAUGUCACAGUAGCAAAAUGAGUUUGAAAAAUGCCAGAUUCUGAUUUGUGCUUUCUCCUGAUGAGCCUUGAGAGCGUUAGCCUUUCUCCUGCUGACUGGGAGCUGUGCUGAUGAUAUAUUUUUGCCAUUAUGGAUCGGUUUGGAGAUAUAUCAGAAGGUGAAGUGGACCAUUCUUUCUUUGACAGUGACUUUGAAGAAGCAAAGAAAAGUGAAAGUAACUCAGUUUUUGACAAGCAAAAUGAUAACCCUAAAGAGAGAACAGACAAAGAUGCGGAAAAUGUAAACUCAAAACUUGGAAUGCAGAGAAAAGAAAAUGAUCUUACUGAGAAAGGAAAUGAAAGAAAAGAGGAAACUCUUCCAGAAGAACACCAUAUAGAAAAUGAUGAUACACAAACCAGAAAUUCUUUAUCAUUGAGCACUUCUUCAGGAUCAGGAAAAUUGUGUGAUGCUACAACAGGACAUAAAAUACACGUAACCAUUCCAAAUAGAAUUCCCAAAAUGGGAAAGGCAGGUGAAGAUGAUUACUAUACAGAUGGAGAGGAAAGCAGUGAUGAUGGGAAGAAACAUCAUGUCAGGUCCAAGUCAGCUAAACCAUCCAGUAACAUUAAAAAAGGCAUAAGUAAAAAGUAUUCCAAAAGCAGUUCCUCUUCCUCUUUGGCCUCAUCUUCAAGCUCAGGUGCAGAUUGUUCAGGUACAGACUCUGAUAAUUGUACACCUGAUUCUUCAUCAUUAAAGAAACAUCUCUCUGAUGUAACCCACUUGUCUCCAAAACAGAAAUAUAAACUAGGAACAAAAACAGGAACACAGCCUUCAAGUACUAAACCAAAAGUCGGUGACUACACUGAGGAAUCUGAAGAUACUGUGACAGAUGUUACUCCUUUAUCAACCCCAGACAUCAGCCCUGUUCAGUCUUUUGAACUGAGCGCAUCAAACGAUCAAAAAGUAAAGGUUAAAAAGCAAGAAAACGUGAGUGAAGAAGUGUAUGGAAAUGUUGAGGAUUUAAAAAAUAAUUUGAAAUCGGCCAAAGGGAAAGAAAAACAUGGGUUCAAUCUCACCUCGAAGUCUUCAGUGUUGGAUUCCAAUUUAGACCACAGAUAUAAACAAAAAGCCUUACGUGACACAAUGGACCUGAAUCACCUCUUGAAAGCUUUUCUGGAUUUGGAUAAAAAGGGACCAGAGAAACAUCUCUUAGAGCAGCCUUCAGUAGCACCUAGGAGAAACUACUCUUUCACAAGAGAGGAGGUGAGACAGAUUGAUCGGGAAAAUCAGAGGCUUUUGAAGGAACUCUCGAGACAGGCUGAAAAACCAGGAAGCAAAAAUAUGAUUCCUAGAAGAUCAGUUGGUCAUCCCCCUAAGUUAUAUCACAGUGCUGUCAACAGACAGAGAGAACAACAAAGGAUUGAAAGAGAAAAUUUGGCUUUAUUGAAGAGACUUGAAGCUGUGAAACCAACUGUUGGCAUGAAACGCUCAGAACAGCUAAUGGACUAUCAUCGCAAUAUGGGUUAUCUCAACUCAUCACCAUCCUUAAGAAGAGCGAGGUCAACUCUCAGCCAGUAUAGCCCAUUAAGAGGAGCAUCCAGGACAUCUAGUGCUACCAGUGGUCUCAGUUGUAAGAGUGAGGGAGCAGUUUUUGACACAAACGGUGGCCUGUUGCUAAGACCUAAGCCUCCUAAUGUUCGUACAGCUUGGUUAUAAAAACUUUUUACUUUAAACAUUGUUCAUCCAAUUUUUAUUGAAGUGCUCUUGUAUUCUCUGUGUAAACAUCUAUAACAGCUGUUUUAAGAAUUUUAAGUUGUACAACAGCAAAUUGUAAUUUAUUAUACUUCAAUGGAAAGUUGUUUUCACAAAAGAUAAUUUAACGUAAAGCCAGUGUUUCCUAUGAGGAUGUAUUUAUAUGAGAUGUAUAUGUAUUUGAUAGAGAAAUGCAUGUAUAUUGUCUCAGCAUAGAGGUCGAUUCAGCUCUCCUGCUGACAAAACAGUUGUGAUAGUAUCACUGCACGGUGGCCUGGAGAUAAUAACUAUAUACGUCUCAUUUUAUUUUUAUUUUAUUUUCACUUCUUAUAAGCUUUGUGCCAUGAGCAAUACUCCUAUAUUUGACUGGCUUUGUUUUCUGUUUGCUUCAGGAUUUAGGUGGUAUGACUCAUAACUUGAUUGUAACACUUUUAUUAAUGAAAAAAAUCUUGAAAUUUGUUUUCAUUGGUGGAGCUAAUUUACUGGGGCAAUCCUUAUGACUCGCCAGAGGUAUCUACUACCUCUGCCUAAGUGUGCUGAGUUAGGUCUUAACAUUGAAUCAACCAUUCCAAACCAUUUCAAACUGCAAGUAUUAGAAAGGUCCACUUAGAAGCUCCUUUUUCAUGUUUUUGUACAUUCAGGUAAAGUACUAGUAAUGGUUCUGAGAAAUGAGAUAGGACUUAGAACUACAGUCUACUUGCAUUGUGAAUAGUUUGUCCAAGGACCAGAUCAUCAUAAGCAAAACCAAGUGGUUUUUGAAUCAGCAAAAUAGCACCGCCAGUUUGAAGAGCCAAGAGGCAGAUCCUGAGUUGUGUCAGAACAGUGUUUUAAGUGAUACUGCUAACAAGCUGUGUUAUAGUUAGUAUUUAUUGUAUUAAGAGAAAAGAUAAACAAGAAAGAAGUGCAUUGUCUCACAACUUUAGAAACUCCAGCUAGUGCUUUUAAGGGCUGAAAAAGAAAAUGAAAAUAUAAAUGAUGAAGGGGGAAAAUAACAUAUUUGUUGAGGCUACUUUAAAUGUCUGCUAAUUGUUUUGUUUUCUUUCAGUCUGUAGGCUCUGAAAUUAUAGCUCAGUCAGGGUUGCGUCUGCUGUUCUUGUUGUCACUGUUUUUUAUUACUGGCCUUUUUAGUAGAUCCUUAGAAUGUUUGGAAAGUUGCCAUAUUAAAUGCCAAACCUUUUUUUAAUAGGAAUUUUUGAUCUGUAACCACAGUAAGAAUAUUUGUGUUUUUCUGGAUUAACUCAAGCUCUGUAGCAUGCAUGCAGAAAACAAACUGCAUUUUACUAAACAGCAAUUCAGGAUUUCUUGGUCUUAGUGUGUGUUCAUCGAUUUCGUGUAGGGUAGGGCAUGUAAUGUCUGGGAACAGUGGUGCUAAUAUAAUUCAUGUGAACAUAGCCUGACUCUGGGUUGUUCUGCUUCUUUCUUUGGGAUGUAAUGUUCCUUCAUCGUUAUUGGAUGCUUUGUUUUGGUAAACAGGUUUUUACAUCAUUUCGUGUUCUGCUUUAUAUAUGAACUUGAGCUAUACUAACGCAAGGUUUUAUUUUUUAACUUACAGUACUUGUAAUGUUUGUAUAACAACCUGUCUUUAAGGAGAGAUAAGAUAACGCUGGAUUUAAAACUCAGCAUUUGAACAUCUGUUCAUUAGUGAGUGGCCAAUAUAUUUAUAUUGAAUUUUAAGUUGUUAGGGAAAAAUAUAUGUCAAAUCUUUUAAUGUCCAUAAUGGCAUUAGUCUCUUAGAACAUUUUAUAUGGUCUUUGCCAUAUGUUCUGUACAACACAAUUUCAUAGAUAACUAAAUUAAUGCCUUUGGUUUGUACUGCCUUGAUGAGAGGGGCGUCUGAUAUUACUGAUAACAGGGAUUCAACUUGAAAGAAAAGUCAAGAAGAACAAUAUUCAUUUCUUCAAAACAAUUUACAAUCACACUUAUAUACAAUAAGUGUAUGGAGAAAGCUAAAUUGAAAACUGAUAUUCUCUCAAGGUACUUUGAAGUUAUGGUUUAAGGGGCAUUUUUAUGAAGGACUGGUAAUUAUACUGUUUUCAUUUUCAAGAACAUAAAAGUGAAGGAUCGUCUAGCACUACUUUUUAUUUGGUUCACUUGUACCUUGCUGUAUAUACUUUGAAGAUUUACUUCUGCAACUAGAAAUUAUACUAAUCCAAGGUCUAAAUUAUAGGCAGGAUUCUUACCGGGAGUUAUUUUCAUAUCUGUCAAAUGUUAAACUAAUAUUGCCUCCUUUUCAAUAAAAUUCUGUGAAAGAUUUUUAACUAUUAAAAUGAUUUCCGAAGAGACAGUUAUUAUCUCGGGCUUCCCCUACUUCCUUUUUUCACUCCUCAUAAAAAGGUGCUUUUCUUAGCUACUGUUCCAAAUAAAAUUUUCUGGUUUGCUUUUAAAUAUAGUGGAAUGGAGUUGUUUUCAACCCAUUAACCCAAAUGUCCAAAGUGGAUAUCUAGACAACUUUAAAAAGAGGUCAUUGUGAUGGAUACAAGUGUGUGCAUCCCAGACUUCAGUACUGCACACUGUGAAGUAUUAUGACCAAUAUAAUGUUGGAGAUACAAGGUUAAUUUGUUUUAUUUUUAUAAUUAAAUUCAUAAAAUGUGUAAUAUCUUAAAUGCCAAAGUCUUUACCUGUAAAUGAUUGCAUACCAUCCUAGAAAAUGUGUUUAAUGCUAAUGACUACUUUAUUUCCAUGAAUAAAGAUCAGUAAGAAACUGAAAAAUCACUAUCUAUUUUAAAUUUCCCAGUCCAUUGUGACUUGUUUUAGUCAUAAAGAACUAGCUUGGCAUAGUGAAGAAAGAAAGAAAAGAAAGAUAACUGAGUUUUGAGCCUAUGUCUGUCUCUCAAUUGCUUGGUCUUCUUCCCAUUUGAAAAAUUAGAAUAGUAACUUUUACAUGCCGCACAAGACUAAGAAUUAGUGAGAAUGAAGUUGGAAGGAGGGUAUUAGAGAGUUUUUAAAGAUUUUGUUUAAAAUUCCGUUCUUGAUCAUCUCUUUAAACCACAUUGUCUAAUUUGUUCUGUAAAAUUGUUACAAUGCUACAGUGCAAGUUCCGUUUUAAAUUGAAGGCUUUUCUUUUAAAAGUGCCUAUCUAUAACCUUUCAUAUGCAUUAUGAGUGAUAAGAAAUACUCUUUAAAACUUGCUGUCAGACACCAGCUGAUUUUAAAAUUCUGGUUACUGCCCUGGCCGAUUUUGCUCAGUGGUUAGAGCGUCAGCCUUCGAACCAAAGGGUCCCAGGUUUGCUUCCGGCCAAGGGCACGCACCUCAUUUGUAGGCUCGGCCCCGCUGGGGCUUGAUCGGGAGGCAGCCAAUCGAUGUGUCUCUCUCCCCCUUUCACUCUGUGAAAAAGCAACAGAAAAAAUACCCUCAGGUGAGGAUAAAAAUAAAUAUAUAAAAAUUCUGGUCACUGUUUUUUAAUGUAUGAGGUAACGUGAAAUUUUACUAUAAUUUAAUGAUACAGGGUUUUUUCCUAUGAACCUAAUUUCACAUUGCUGUUAUAAGGUAGUAAAAGAUCUUGGGUAGUCACCAAAAAAGAAUUAAAACCUAUGGUUCUGAA